AUGAACAAGGCUGCCAAGGCUAGAUCCUCUGUAGCCGAGCAAACAACACCCUGCACGCAACCAUUAGCUCUUCGUUUUCCUGAAAAGCUUCGCAUAGCUGCACCCGUUUCUUUUGCUAUGGCUUCAAAGCAUGGCAGGUUUGUGAUCUCUCACCGCGACCCUAGCAAAUUCAAGUACUCACUCGCGCACAAAUACUUGGACGCGCCCGGCGAUAUUGAAAAUUGCUGCCGCUGUACCUUCUGCCGUGAAUAUCAACCAAAGUAUCGAGUCAAACGUUCGACUUACCAAGACCAGUAUCCAUUUGGCCUACCAGACGAAGAUCCAGAGGACCAAGAGCCAGAGCCAGAUUCAGAUUCAGAUCCAGAUCCAGAUCCGGACCAAGACCAAUCCAAAGACCAAGACCCACACCAAGACCGGGACAAAGACCCAAACCAAGAUCCGGACCAAAACACAGACGAACAUAGAGACGUCCCUACCACAAAAGACAUACCGCUUUCCUCAGUUGUCGUCCGCUUUAUCCACUUUAUCAAGAUGGCUCCCGCCAGCAACGAGGAGCAGUUCAAAUUCCUAAUAAGCUGUAUCCGCUACAGCAACAAUGGGAAGGUCGAUUUCACCGAGGUCGCUAAGGAGUGCAACAUCGUCAGUAAAGGCGCCGCUGCUAAGCGUUACGAACGCAUGAUGAAGGCCAACGGCAUCCAUCAGAGCCAGAGCGGUGGCACCACCGCCUCCGGCAUCCGCGACACUCCCAUUCCCUCUCCUCGUCGCAAAACCUCUCCUUCCGCCGGCACCUGCAGCAAGAAGCGCAAACUAGACCAGUAUGCUGAGACCAACUCCAACUUCAACACCGACGACGACGAAGGCCUUGGCAAUGUCAAAGCCGAGUCCAGCAUCACGGUCAAAGCUGAACCUAUCAAAGCCGAGCCUAUCAAGGAGGAGCCCAUGGGUCAAGAAGGCACUCCGGAAUCUACUGCCCCCACUGGCGCCUUUCAGUAUCCUUCUAGUGGUGGUAUGGGCUUUGAUGGUGCCCAUGAUAGUGCUAUGUUCGACGACUUUCUCGCUUUCGGUGGGUCUAGCAGUCAUGACCAUGGAUCUCAGGCUGCGUUCCAUGGUGGAUUCGCUGACCAAGGAUUUGCUUCGAUGAGCAUGACUCCAGCCACUGGGAACGGCGACGGACAGGGGUUGCACGAGAGCAUCGUCAUCACGGACUGA